CUCUCAUCAGCAGCAGCAGCAGCAGCAGCAGCAGCAGCCCCGCCUCGCGAGCCGCUGGCUGGUUCACCUCCAACACACAACCCACACAUCUGGCUGUCACACAAACUGCGCUGCCGCUCCGUCCGGUACCGCGGCAUGCUCAUUCACACCGGGACGUACGAAGUGGAUUUUAACUAGAGGGGGCACAAUGUCUGAGGUGCGAAAAUUCACGAAGAGGUUAAGCAAACCCGGGACGGCCGCGGAAGUCAGGCAGAGCGUGUCGGAGGCUGUGAAGAGCUCCGUGGACCUUGUGGAGCAGCCAAAGAUUAUCGAGCCGCUGGACUAUGAAGCUGUGGUGUUUCAGAGAAAGGCCCAGAUCCACAGCGACCCCCACCGAGACCUGCUGCUCUGCCCCGUCGACGAUGUCUCGGAGUCCCAGAUCUCCCGGCAGAGGAGGACUGUCGUUCCUUCGGUGCCUCAGAACGCUGAGCGGGAAGCCAGGAGCCUGUUUGCCAAAGAGUGCAUCAAGAUGUACAACACCGACUGGCAUGUAAUCAACUACAAAUAUGAGGCUUACUCUGGUGAUUUCCGCAUGUUGCCAAGCAAAGGCCUGAAGACAGACAAGCUGCCAGCUCAUGUGUUUGAGAUCGACGAAGACGCCAAAGACGAGGACUCGGCGUCACUGUGCUCCCAGAGGGGAGGCAUCAUGAAGCAGGGCUGGCUUCAGAAAGCCAACAUCAACAGCAGCCUGUCUGUCUCCAUGAGGGUGUUCAAAAGGAGGUACUUCUACUUGUCUCAGCUCCCUGAUGGCUCCUACAUCCUCAACUCCUACAAGGAUGAGAAGAAUUGCAAGGACACCAAAGGAUCCAUCUACCUGGACUCCUGCAUAGACGUUGUUCAGAGCCCAAAGAUGCGCCGCAAUGGCUUCGAGCUGAAGAUGCAAGACCGCUACAGCCACUUCCUGGCUGCGGACAGCGAAGCAGAGAUGGAGGAGUGGGUGAGCACACUGAAACAGGCUCUGCAGAGCACCACUGAGGCCAGCCAGGACAGGAGGAAUGGUGCAGAGACACUGGACUGUGCCCUGGAUGACGACACUGCCAGCCAAGGUAGAGGGGAGAGCCUGCUGGAGAGCCAGGGAAGGAGCUUACAGCCGGAACUUAUGAAGUAUGCCAGGGAGACCGACCAGCUCAAUAAGAUCAACAGGAAUGAAGGCAGACAAAAGCUUUUCUCUCUGGAUCCUGAGACACAGAGGCUGGACUUCUCCGGCAUCGAGCCAGAUGUGAAGCCGUUUGAGGAGCGUUAUGGCCGUCGUAUCGUGGUCAGCUGCCACGACCUGACCUUCAGUCUCCAGGGCUGUGUCAGCGAGAAGGGCGACGGCGUCCUCACCAAUGUGGAGCCAUUCUUCAUCAGCCUCGCUCUCUUUGACGUCUCCAAGAGCUGUAAGAUCUCAGCCGACUUCCACGUCGACCUCAACCCGCCAUGCGUCAGGGAGAUGCUGACCGACGCCUCGGGCCAGCUCUCUCCUUCCUCGGACUCAGAGGGUGGUGGAGGAGGAGGAGGAGGUGGAGGAGUGAUGGUGAACGGAGACUCGAAGGUGAAAGGGAACGGCCUGCCGGUUCUUCAGAGGGUGUCGGAUGCUCUGCUGCGUUUCCCCACACAGGGUAUCUUUUCAGUGACCAACCCUCACGCAGAUAUCUUCCUGGUGGCCCGCGUAGAGAAGGUGUUACAGAACGGCAUCACACACAGCGCCGAGCCGUACAUCAAGACCUCUGACGCCAACAAGACUGCUCAGAAGGUGCUGAAAGCUGCCAAGCAGACAUGCCAACGCUUGGGCCAGUAUAGGAUGCCGUUCGCCUGGGCUGCCAAGCAGGUGUUCAAAGACGCUCAGGGCAGCCUGGACAUGGAUGGGAAGUUUUCUCCUCUCUACCGCCAGGACAGCAGCAAAGUCUCCACUGAUGACAUCAUCAAGCUGCUGGCCGACAUCAGGAAACCUGAGAAGAGCAAGCUUCAGACCAUCCCUGGACAGCUGAAUGUCACCAUCGAGUGUGUCCCACCUGACUUCUCAAAUACGGUGACUUCCUCUUACGUUCCCGUCAAGCCCUUCGAGGACGGCUGCGAGCGGGUGUCAGUGGAGGUGGAGGAGUUUCUCCCCGAGGAGGCCAAGUACAACUACCCCUUCACCACCUACAAGAACCAGCUCUACGUCUUCCCCCUGCAGCUCAAAUACGACAACCAGAAGACCUUCACCAAGGCUAGAAACAUUGCAGUCUGCGUCCAGUUCCGAGACUCCGAUGAAGAAGGUGCAACCCCUUUAAAGUGCAUCUACAGCAAGCCGGGAGACUCCCUCUUCACCAGCAGCGCCUACGCAGCCGUCCUGCACCACAAUCAGAGCCCCGAGUUCUACGACGAGGUGAAGAUUGAGCUGCCGGUCCACGUUCAUGAGAAACACCACAUCCUCUUCACCUUUUACCAUAUCAGUUGUGAGUCCAGCAGCAAGGCAAGCAGCAAGAAGAGGGAGGGAGUAGAGUCACUGGUGGGUUACUCCUGGACGCCUUUGCUAAAGGACGGGAGGAUGCAGUCAGUGGAGCUCCAGCUGCCCGUAGCAGCCACCCUGCCUCCUGGAUACCUGUGUCAGGACACCAGGAAGUCCCAACCAGAUAUCAAGUGGGUGGAAAAUGCCAAGACACUGUUCAAAGUGAAGACCCAUGUGGCAUCAACAAUAUAUGCUCAGGACCUGCAUCUACACAAAUUCUUCCAGCACUGCCAGCUGAUGAGGACGACAUCAGAGGGCAACCCAGCAGAACUGAUCAAAUACCUGAAGUGCCUGCAUGCCAUGGAGACUCAAGUGAUCAUCAAUUUCCUACCAACGGUGCUGAUGCAGCUGUUUGGGGUGCUCACAGCAGCAACCAAAGAAACCCAUGAGAUUGCUGUCAACUCUCUGCGUGUGAUCAUACAUAUAGUCUCCAGAUGUCACGAGGAGGGCCUGGAACACUACCUGCGCUCCUUUGUGAAGUACGUGUUUGUAACCAACAACCCCGUGUCGGGACACUCAGCGACCACCCAUGAGGUGCUGGCCACCGCUGUAACAGCCACCCUCAAGCAAACUGCUGAUUUCAACACCAGCAACAAACUGCUCAAGUACUCCUGGUUCUUCUUUGAAACCAUGGCCAAAUCCAUGGCCCAGUACCUGCAAGAGGGCAACCGCAUAAAGAUGCCGCGGGCCCAGCGCUUCCCCGACAGCUUCCACCAGGCGCUCCAGUCGCUGGUGUUGUCCAUCAUGCCACACAUCACCAUCCGCCACAUGGAAAUCCUCGAGGAAGCUCGUUGCAUCAACCUGAGCCUGGCCAAUUUCAUCAAGAGGUGCCUGACCGUCAUGAACAGGGGCUUUGCCUUCGGCCUGGUCAACCACUACAUGUGUCAUUUCGGUCUCAAAGAUCCCAAGGUGCUGACUGAAAUGAAAUUUGAUUUUCUGAUGACGAUCUGUAACCACGAACACUUCAUCCCUCUUAACCUACCCAUGGCUUUCGGGCGCACCAAGCUGCAGAGGGUACAAGAGCAGAGUCUGGAGUUCAGCCUGACGGAAGAUUACUGCCGUAACCACUUCCUGGUUGGCCUGUUGCUGAGAGAAGUGGCUGAGGCCUUGCAGCAAGGGCCCGAGGUCAGACAGCUGGCCGUGAGCGUUCUCAAGAACCUUCUCAUUAAACACGCCAUGGAUGAUCGCUACACUGCAUUCAAGAACCAGCAGGCCAGGAUCUGUUUGCUCUACCUGCCACUUUUUGAGCUGCUCUACCAGAACCUGGAGCAGCUGUCUGCCCAGCCGUACACCUCCAGCCCCGGGCUCGGCCUCAAUGGCUCCAGAGAUGACCUGAUAUCAACCGCUUCCACAGACAGCAGGAGAAUCAGCACUGCAAUUGAGAGAGACCAUGGUCUGCCAGCUCAGAACGGCCAUGUUGUGAGGAGAGAGGACUCCAGAUUCUCUCUGUUUAUGGACUCAGGAACACCAGACAGCACUGAGCUGCAGAGACGUGGCUCCACCAUGAGCAGCAGCCCCAUGCCUCCCAUCGGCAGACUGGGACAGUAUGAGAUCAGGGGCCUCCUGCUCUCCUUCCUGCACAUCGUCAAGACCUUGUCAGAGGACACUCUCAUGGCCUACUGGAACAAAGUCAGCCCUCAAGACAUCAUGAACUUCCUCAGCUUGCUAGAGAUCUGUCUGGUUCAGCUCCGUUACAUUGGGAAAAGGAACAUUGUCCGGAGUCAGGACAUAUGCGCGCCGAAGCUGUUCUCCUCAGACAGGAAGUCUCAGACGAUGCCGGCCAUGCGCUGCAACCGAGCCAGCCUCAUGCAGACGAAGUUACACCAGUUCAGCACCAUGGAAACAUCCCUCACUCUCAAUAUCGGGACGGGGCCUUCAGAGGCAGAGAUCCAUCAUCAGGCUCUGCUGGAGGGCAACAUCUCCACCGAGGUGUCCCUGAGUGUCCUGGAUGUCCUCUCUCUUUUCACUCAGUGUUUUAAGACCCAGCUGCUGGACAGCGACGGUCACAACCCCCUGAUGAAGAAGGUGUUUGACGUUUACCUCACCUUCCUCAAAGUCGGCCAAUCAGAAGCCGCCCUCAGACAUGUGUUCGCCGCGCUCAGGGCUUUCAUCAACAAGUUCCCGUCGGUGCUGUUCAAGGGCCGCGUCACGCUGUGCGAGGCUCUGUGCUGCGAGGUGCUCAAGUGCUGCGUCUCCAAGCUGGGAUGCCUGAGGGCCGAGGUGUCGGCCCUGCUCUACCUGCUGAUGAGAAACAACUACGAGUACACCAAGAGGAAGACCUUCCUGCGCACGCACCUGCAGAUCAUCAUUGCUGUAAGCCAGCUGAUCUCCGACGUGGCACUGACCGGCAGUUCACGCUUCCAGGAGUCCCUCUCCAUCAUCAACAACUUUGCAAAUAGUGACAAGGCCAUGAAGUCCACGGCAUUCCCCUCUGAAGUGAAGGGUCUGACCAAACGCAUCCGCACAGUGCUGAUGGCCACGGCCCAGAUGAGGGAGCACGAGAAAGACCCGGAGAUGCUGCUGGACCUCCAGUACAGCCUGGCCCGGUCCUACGCCAGCACCCCCGAACUGAGACGAACCUGGCUGGACAGCAUGGCGCGAGCACACCUCAAGAAUGGAGAUCUGUCUGAGGCGGCCAUGUGCUACGUUCAUGUGGCUGCACUGGUUGCAGAAUACCUGCACAGGAAAAAGUUGUUCCCCAGCGGCCUUGCAGCCUUUAAGAAGAUUACCCUUAAAAAUGAAAAAAAAAGCCCCCAAAAAAAAAAACAUUAUAUUUUAUUUUUUUCCCCCCCCCUAGAGGAAGUCCUGGUCGAACACCUCGAGGUCUGUGUGGAGGCAUUGUGGAAAGCCGAACGCUAUGAGCUCAUCACGCACAUUGCCAAGCUUAUUAUCCCCAUCUACGAGAAGCGUCACGAGUAUGAGAAACUAAGCCGACUGUACGACACGCUGCACAGAGCCUACAACAAGAUAAUGGAGGUGAUACACUCAGGCCGCAGGAUGCUUGGGACAUACUUCAGAGUGGCUUUUUAUGGACAGGGCUUCUUCGAGGAGGAGGACGGGAAGGAGUACAUUUACAAAGAGCCCAAACUCACUGGCCUGUCCGAAAUCUCUCAGCGGCUGCUGACACUCUACGGGGAAAAGUUUGGGCCAGAAAACGUCAAGAUAAUACAGGACUCAAAUAAGGUUAACCCCAAAGAGCUGGAUGCCAAGUUCGCCUACAUCCAGGUGACGUUUGUCAAGGCCUACUUUGACGAGAAGGAGGCACCGGAGAAGAAGACUGACUUUGAGAAGUGCCACAACAUCAACCGCUUUGUGUUCGAGACGCCAUACACGCUGUCGGGCAAGAAACACGGCGGGGUGGAGGAGCAGUGCAAGAGGAGGAGCAUGCUCACAACUAGCAAUACCUUCCCGUAUGUGAAAAAGCGCGUGGAGGUGGUGGGGGAGAAGCAGCUGGAGCUGAAGCCGGUGGAUGUGGCCAUAGAUGAGAUGAAGGCGCGGACGGCAGAGCUGACCAAACUCUGCUCCAGCCAGGAGGUGGACAUGAUCCAGCUGCAGCUCAAACUGCAGGGCUGCGUCUCUGUGCAGGUGAAUGCCGGUCCCAUGGCCUACGCCCGAGCAUUCUUGGAUGACAGUAAAUCCAACCAGUCAGGCAACAAGAAAAUAAAAGACCUCAAGGACAUUUUCAGGCGUUUUGUCCAGGCUUGCAGUAUGGCUCUGGACAUAAACGAGCGUCUGAUCAAAGAGGACCAGUUUGAGUACCACGAGGGCCUGAAGGCCAACUUCAAAGACAUGGUGAAGGAACUGUCGGACAUCAUCCACGAGCAGAUCUACCAGGAGGACAUGAUGCGCUCGCUCUUACAAAACUCCCUCCAUGUGUUCCGUGCCAUCAGCGGGACAUCCACCAACGUGGGCUGACCACCGGCCCUCCCUCCCUCCCUCCCUCCGCGCCGCCUCCGCCUCCACCUGCCUACAUGUAUAUCCUCUCACUUCUCCCUUAAAAGGACCUGAACUUGUUUCACAUCUGCCUAGCUACACUUGCCCACUCUUCCCCCCUCCCCCAUUGGUGUGAAGAUGCCAUUCGGUCAUUGCCAUUUUGUCAGCGUCGUUGCUGUACGUGCAGUAGAUGGCUUGGGGGGCAGGUGAAAGAUCGCAGUGCGGCGGGUGGAUGUCAUGUUCAAAACACAGCAGCAGUAUUUCGGAGAAUGUAUCGCAGCAACGCCAAUCAAAUGUCAGCAUGUCCGGUUCAUGUGUUUUGCUGGGACAUGCUCGGUUGCACUUUCUUUCUGCCUUUGUAACGAAGUGCAGGAUUGACUCUUUAUUUUUUAUUCUUUUUUUUUACAGGGAGAUGCUCAACUAAAGCAAUUAUUGCCGUCCCCUCUCACUUUCUCUCUCUCUCUCUCUCUCUCUCUCUGCAAUGUUGCCCUUCAGAUCUAUGCAGGACACCACACUCCUUCCAGAAUUUCCUUUCUACUACUUGAGGCGACUUUUAGAAAACAAGAGCAUGUUUUUUUUUUUUUAUUAUUGUACCACAGUGGUAUGUUUGUACAGACUUUUGGUGUUAAGGCAGCAGGGCGAGCAAUAUUCCAACUCAACCGGUUCUGUUGUAAAAAAAGGCACCGAAAGCAAAAUCAUUGUGAGUUACUCAGUCAAGCCAAGGGUUUAUUGGCUGGCAGCGCAUUCCAGCCAGAGCACCAGAUUGUGAAAAACAAGAUAAGUGACGUUAUAGGUGCCAAAGUUACUACCCAGUUUCUUUUAUGACAAAUGACUUUUGUUCCAAAGUGUAAGAAGCUACAGACGUCAGGGUUGUAUUAAAGCUGUGUGAUUAAGCUGAGGGUUUGCUUAACUAAGAAGUAGCUCAAUUGCAUUGUAAAUGUAAAAUGCCUUUCGGUGAUAACCAUGUUCUAGAUUGUAUUAGAGGUAAGAAAUCAUGUACUGGAAAAGAUUGUGAUUAGAAAUGAUCAGAGCUUGAGAACAAUCAUAAAGCAGUAUUCUCUGUAGAGUCAGAAAGGGGACACACACUGAUCCCAGCUGGGUGAUCAUAUUUACUUCCGUUCAGUGAGUAAGUGAAGAAAAUCUGGGUUUAGAUCCAGUGCCUUUGUGCUUUGCCUCCUGUUAUCUCAAGUAACAAGACCUUUAUCACACGCUGGCUCUUUACAGUAUUUCACAAGUGCUACACUGUAAUUAGCAGAGAGAUGAAUAAUAUUUAAGCAAAUGUACAUAAUUCAUUGCCAUGCUGUAAAGUAAAUUCAGUUUCCUUGUAUGUUUGUAUGUACUGUAUGUAUGUAUGUAUUUAUAUUUGUAACAUUUUUGGACUCUGUAGUUCAAAGCUGUCCUAGCAGAGAGAUUAUGUUCCCCCUGUUUUUAUUGCAUUGUAUACUGAUGUGCAGCUGCUUGUCCAACUUACUUUGGAAAGCCAUUUUCCAAUAAAAACGUAAAAAAACUA